CACGUCGCAAACCACCACGACCCACGUCCUCGACAACCCCCCUCAUUCCUCUGAAGAAUUGCUGGAUCAGAAUGAUACCUCGACAGAAUCCUCAACGCCUCCGCCUCCCGCCUCGCCCCCCUCGUCGGAGUCGGUCAGUCCCUUGCUGCGCGAAGACUGGGCAGAAAGUGUUGUCGAGCGCCAGCGACGAAAAGUUCUCGGGUCUAUGUUCUCUGAGCUUGGCUCCUCCCAAACCCGGGAAACUGCCUGGCAAGCUUUCCACUCGCUGAACCGACCCAUGUCCCCUUCCGAGCUCACUGUCUCUGCUCUCAUGGCUUCUGGCGCCCACCUCGGCCACACCAAACAACGCACUCGAUCUGCUUUCCUACCGUACAUCUACGGCCAGCGAGCAAACCUUAAUAUCAUCGACCUUGAUCAAACAUUAGCCAUGUUCCGCCGUGCCGCCAACUUCCUCCAGCUCGUUGCACAGCGUGGAGGCAACAUCAUGUUCGUUGGUACCCAUGUGGAUGGGGUCAAGAAGGCAGCGAAGAAGGCAGCUGAAAGGGUGGGGUACGGUGGAUACCAUGUAUCGGACAAGUGGGUACCUGGAACAUUCACGAAUGCUGCUGCUCUCCUUGGACCGGAUAUCUUCCGAGGCGACUAUCUGCCCGACGCAGCCGUUUUCCUUAAUCCAAGGGUCAACCUUGGUGCACUCAGAGAAUGCCAUGUCGCGAUGGUACCGACCAUUGGCAUUAUCGACACCGAUACGGACCCGAGGAUUGUUACAUAUGCCAUCCCUGCCAACGAUGAGAGCAUACGGACUGUGGAGCUCGUAGCCGGCGUAUUGAGCGUGGCAGCCAGGAAUGGAAAGAGAAAACGUGUAGAAGAGGAGAAACGUGCCCGAGAAGAAGCACAGAGAGCACAUAGGCAGAGAGGGUAUUAGUUGUAUACAUCUAGCGUGGUGUUGGCUGCAAGCAUGAUCAUCAACAAGGACUGCGGUAUGCUAUUAAUUAAUACCGCAU